CAAAUGCACACAUUGUCCACUGAGGAAAAGUGGAGACGCUGGUCUGUGAUCCUGCUAAGGAAUGGAUUAAUGGAUUAGAUAACUUUUAACAGCUACAAGAAAGAAGGAUUUGUGUGUUUUCUGGGCAGCAUAGGUUUAGACAUGUCCUCCUCUGUGGUGAAGUCCAGAAGUAAAAACCCGUACGCCGCGGUGCAGGUGGACCCAGACAGUGAUUACAUCACACCAGGAACAUUAGACCUGGAGCAGCUGUUCUGGACUGGCACCGGGGCUCAGUAUGCACACGUCAACCAGGUCUGGCCCAGUGUCUACAUCGGGGAUGAGAAGACAGCUCUAGAGCGGCCUGGCCUGAGGGACCUGGGUAUUACACAUGUCCUGAAUGCUGCAGAGGGGAAAUGGAAUAAUGUGCUGACUGGUGCUGAUUACUACAGUGACAUGGAAAUCCAGUACUACGGUGUAGAGGCUGAUGACAAACCCACCUUCAACAUCUCCCAGUACUUCUGCCCUGCAGCCCAGUUCAUCCAUGAGGCCCUUAGUCACCCACAGAACAAGGUGCUCGUGCACUGUGUGAUGGGUCGGAGCAGGUCAGCGACUCUGGUCUUGGCAUACCUGAUGAUGAAACACAGCUUAACUGUGGUGGAUGCUAUUGAGCAUGUGCGACAGCGCCGAUGUAUCCUGCCCAAUCAUGGCUUCCUAAAACAGCUCAGAGCCCUGGAUAUCACAUUGCAAGAGGAGAGGCUCCGAGAAAAAGAGAGAAAUGGAAGAACAAUAGAACACAACAAUUAGAUAAUAUGCCAGAGUUUACAACUUCCAUUUCUCCUCUGAAUCCUUCUCAGGUCUACAUCUUCUUUAUGUUUCUUUAACUACUG